GAUCACAUCUUGUCCUAGAUUAUAACAAUUCUUAUAAAAAAAAAUGUGUUCUGAAAAUGGAGAUUUUUCUGUGCAUGUGACGAACGAAGAGGUGGUGGCAGCAGUGUUACCAAUGCAGGAACAUUGGCUUCCACUCUCUAACCUUGACCUGCUUCUACCUCCAUUGGAUGUAGGAGUAUUCUUUUGCUACAAGAACCCUAUUAUCACAUCCAAACCCAUGGAAGAUAGUGCCACCAACAAAAUCAGCUUUGGAACCAUGGUGGGGUCUUUGAAGAAGGCCUUGGCACAAACCCUAGUCUCUUAUUAUGUGUUUGCAGGUGAAGUCAUGCUCAACAGCAUGGGUGAACCUGAAGUUCUCUGUAACAAUCGUGGUGUUGAUUUUGUUGAAGCUCAGGCAGAUGUUGAACUCAAGAACCUCAACUUUUACAACCCAGACCAAUCUAUUGAAGGCAAGUUUGUUCCAAAGAAGAAGAAUGGUGUGCUUGUUGUACAGACAACCGCACUUAAGUGUGGAGGAAUAAUAGUGGCAUGUACAUUUGAUCAUCGCAUAUCAGAUGCAUAUUCAACAAACAUGUUUCUUGUUUCAUGGGCUGCCAUGGCCCACCCCACAAUUACCAUUCUCUCCACCACUUCCUGCCAUCCAUGUUUUCGUCGUUCUCUUCUCAAUCCUCGUCGUCCAGGUUCCAUCCACCCUUCUUUGAAUCAAAUGUACACUUCUAUCUCCCAUCUCCCUCCC